UAGCGGCAGCGGAGCACACAACGGAGCGUUACUCUCCUCUAGCAUCGCUCAGAAAAACACCAACACCGCCGCUCUGUGAGGUGCACAGACAGACAACAUGGAGAUCUCACUGUCAGACACGACCGGCAGCCCAUUGCCCAACGUGGAGUACAAGGGCGCUCACCAGGCGUUCAAGGACCGCUGGAAAGAUACGGACGAGACCAUGUGUCGCCACAGCAUGUCCUUCCACCUGCAACACUCGCUGAGGAAUGAGUUCUUCGCCAGCUACCUGUACCUGCUGGAGAAAACUCCCGUGGUGAAGCUGUUUGCAGUCACCUGUGAGUACAUUAAAGGAGAGAAACAGUUUUACAACAUUGCUCAGCAGUUCUAUGAGGACGUCACAGCCUCGGAGGAAGGCAUGCUGGGAGAUUAUGUGGAGAUAUGCAACGUUGAUCUGGAGGGAUCCCGGAAUUUUCUGAAGAGAUUUGUGGGUCCCGGCAAGGCCGGCACGCACUGUGCCCUGGACUGCGGCUGCGGGAUCGGCCGCGUGUCCAAAGGCGUCCUCCUUCCUGUGUUUGAGAAAAUGGAGUUGGCGGACAUGAUGGAGAACUUCCUGCUUCACGCACACGAGGAGUACCUCGGCGACGACGCCGACCGCAUCGAGACCUACUACUGCUUCAACCUGCAAGAGUUCACACCUCCAAAAAAAAAGUAUGACGUCAUCUGGAUGCAGUGGGUGGCAUGCCACCUAACAGACAAGGACCUGAUGAACUUCCUGAUGCGCUGUAAGAAGAGCCUGCGUCCAAACGGCGUCAUCAUAAUAAAGGACAAUAUGGCGCGGCAGGGCUGCAAGCUGGAUCCCAUCGACGGCAGCAUCAGCCGCCACCUGGACAUCAUGAAGUGCAUCAUCGCCAAGGCCGGCCUGGAGGUCCUGGCUGUGGAGAGGCAGGAAGGCCUCCCGGAGGUCAUCAUGCCUGUCUGGAUGAUUGCGAUGAAAUAGAAGUGACGUUAAUACUUUUGAAAGAUUGUCAAAAAACCUAUAGGAGCAAAUUCCAAACUAAAGCUGAAUACACGUGUUGUUCCUCUCUUGGCAAGGUCUCUAAAUUAGUGAUAAAAUAUCUAAAAGAUACAAGAAAUCUUCAUUAUGUCACCGGGAGAUAAAUUAUGAAACGGCAGUGUGGACGGCCUGAUUGGCGACCGGGGUGAUUUUAUGGAGACGGACGUUUCAUUUUCGCUCAGCCCAGAAAUGAAUUAAAGCUUUUCCGUGGACAUUAACCGUCUUCAGAAGCACUCUAUACGUACACAAAGCCCGUCUGUAAUUUAUUGUCAGCCGUGCACUUUCAGGGUUUGUACCUCGAUGACGUCAAAGAUCGACCGGAGCUCUCUGGAGUGUCCCUGUGAGGAGAAGCUUGUUCCCGUCUGCCCCAGGAUGGUCAUUGGAAUAGCAUGUGGAUUCAUGGUUCCCCCUGGCUGAUUGAAUUGUCUCCGUUUUAGAUUAAAUGUUACAGCACAAGUACAACCUACUUCAUCAUCAGCAAUAAUACACUACCGUUCAAAAGUUUGGGAUCACCCAGACAAUUU